AUGGACGGCGAGAUCCCCCUCCCUCCGCCGCGGCGAAUCCGGCACCGCUCACCCGCGCACGCGGUCAACCCCUCAGCACCAGGCACAGGCCCAACCCCUGCGAUCGCCUCCUUCCACAAAUCGCAGCGCCUAUCCCGCUUUGACGAUCGCUCCAGCCAGCCAUCUAGUGACCCCGCGCUCUUUUCCAGCGACGACAUCCCCGCGUCUGGCUUGGAGAACUAUCAUGCGCCUGUGUCUGGCGCGGGCCGGAAACGGCGGUAUCGUGGGACUUGGUGGGGGGAACAGGUGAUCGAUCCGAAGCGCAAGCGUGGGGAAUUUAAGGAUAAGAGAAAUGUCGAUAGUGGUGUCUGGAUGGGGAGUGAUGAGUCUGUUGCGGAGUCGCUUUUGCCUUCGGAGGAUGGCUCAGCGUGGGGAGAGGAUUUGCGCAAGUCGGUGCUUGAUCCGAGGAAGUCAGGAAACUCGACUCCUCUGCUUAUCGGGACCGAGAAUGCUUCUGCGCAGAUGAAAGGUGUGGUUAAGGGACCUGAGGAGUCGAAGGAGCAGCGAGUUGCGAGGGAGGUUGUUAAUGAUUGCCUGGAUAAAGGACAGGAGAGCAUUGAUCUUGGCGACUUUCAUCUGAAAGCCAUACCCUCUGGUCUAUUGCGACCUCUGCAGCAUCUAACGAAACUUCCCUCAGUCAAGGAAGCCCCUGUCUCUGAGAAUGUCUUUACGUCUUUGCAGCCAUUUCUUCGAAUCUUCCUUCCAAACAACUCCCUCUCAACCUUGCACAACGACCUAUUCGAACUCAGCAAUCUCAAGGUCCUUAGCUUGCGGAACAACAAGCUGACCGAACUUCCAUCUACUAUUCGCCGACUGACAGCCUUGCAAGUGCUUAAUCUCUCAGUCAACCGACUGACCUGUCUCCCAUGGGAACUUAUAAAGCUCAUGCAAAAUGGCGAACUGAAGCACCUGACUGUACGACCAAACUCAUUCCUCCCAAUCGAGGAAGCCCAGAUAGCCGAAUGGCACCACAACGCCAAUAAAAAGCAGACAGAAGAGCCCGACGAAGAAUUUAUAUCUAGCCAACUCCAAUUCAACCACGACGAAUCUUCAGACAUCCGCGAGCCCUUCUGGGACUCAAUCCACGUCGCCACAGGCCCAACAACCUUCCUAAACAUGGAAGGCAACCCAGUCAGAGAGAGUGCACUCACCAACCCCUCCAUCAAUGCCGCCCCAUCUCUCCGCGAACUCUCUCUCCGCACCGUGAGCAAGCUCCCCUACCUCGAGCAAGCCACAGACGAAGAACUAGCCGAGUACCCGGCCCUUCUCGUGCCUCUCCUCCGCCAAGCAAGAGAAGUGCGCGCAGCAGGCGGACAGCCCUGCUCUAAACCAUCCCGUAAUCCAUCCCGCACACCAGAGCUAGUAUCCGAAAUCACCUCCAAUGGCGGCGAAUGGCACGCCCUAGAUAUGAACGACCCAUCCGCGCCAGCGGCACUCCUAGCCAAGCUCACCGCGUCCGGAAUCACAAUCGACGUGCUGGUGAACAAUGCCGGCUUCUGCAUGGUUGGGGUUCUAGAGCAGACCUCAGAUGAUGAGAUGGCUGGGUUGGACGGUGGAGAGGGAUUAGGGGCUUAUGCUGCUGCUAAGGCUGCUGGGGAUGGGUUAUCCAAAGUUCUCACUAUGGCUCCGUUCAACAUCCCUGUCUUGACGGCUUGGUUCAGUACUUUCAAUACUGGAAUUGGGAAUGCUGGUGUUUUGGCUACUGGGGCUUUGCCUGGAGACUACGAGGCUUCGGCUGCUUCUCAGGUUAUUGGAUACCUGCAGAGAUUGUGA